ACUGCGGUAAUAUGGCUCCUUAGUGAGCGGUCCCGGCUCGGUGCUGUUACCGCCAUUAACCCCUUGGUGCUCGGUUGCGGUGAAGGGACCGCGGGGCCGAUGCGCAGGCGCCUCUCGCGCUCCCGGGCCGCCGCCCUCCCGUGAGGAUGAGCUCGGCCGUCGGCCCCGCCGCGCUGCCCGCGGGCUCCAGCAGCCGGGCCCUGCAUGUGGAGCUGCCCUCGCAGCAGCGGCGGCUUCGUCACCUACGGAAUAUUGCUGCACGUAACAUUGUUAAUAGGAAUGGUUAUCGCCUUCUGGAUACGUACUUCACUCUUCAUUUGUGUGAUAACACUAAGAUAUGUAAAGAAUUUUAUAGGAGUGAAGUGAUCAAGAACUCCCUGAAUCCAACAUGGAGGAGUCUUGACUUUGGAAUAAUGCCUGAUCGCCUUGAUACAUCUGUGUCAUGUUUUCUGGUGAGGAUCUGGGGUGGCAAGAAAGAGCUCUAUCAGCUGUUGAUCGAAUGGAAAGUCAAUCUAGAUGGACUAAAAUACUUGGGUCAGCAGAUACAUGCUCAAAACCCAAAUGAAAUAAUUUUUGGGUUGAACGAUGGCUAUUAUGGAGCUUCAUUUGAACAGAAGGAUCAUUCAGGCACCCGAAAGAGUAGUCUUCUCCAGGUGGAUCAGAACUGUGUCCGUAACUCGUAUGAUGUCUUCUCGUUGCUUAGGCUUCAUAGAGCCCAGUGUGCAAUUAAACAGACUCAGGUAACUGUUCAGAAAAUAGGAAGGGAGAUUGAAGAAAAACUGAGACUUACAUCCACAAGCAAUGAACUGAAAAAAAAGAGUGAGUGUUUACAGUUGAAGAUUUUGGUGCUUCGGCAUGAGCUGGAGAGGCAGAAGAAGGCACUGGGUCGAGAGGUGGCCUUGCUGCAUAAGGAACAAAAUAUGUUACUUGACAAAGGAAAGGCAUUUGAGACUGAAUACCAGAGGCUUCAAAUGCAUAAAGAAUCCUUGCAUGAGUUGAGAAAAGAAUGCACUGCUAAGAGAGAAUUGUUCUUGAAGACCAAUGCACAGUUGACCAUUCGAUGCAGACAGUUGUUAUCAGAGCUCUCCUAUAUUUACUCUAUUGAUUUGAACGAUCAAAAGGAUUACUUCGUCUGCGAAGUCAAGCUGCCUAAUUCUGAAGACUUUCAAGGUAGCUGGAUGUUUCUUUCAUUUAGUACCUAGAAUUGUAACAUUACU